AAUAAAUAAGUAUCAUAUGCGAUACAGUAAUUUCAUUCAUUCAGUGCAUUUUAGCAACGGAAACUAGAAUGAUCCGAACCACUGCAUGUCUGUGCCUGUUAAUAUUUUGCAUCUGUCUUUAUAUCGAACGGUAUGAUGGCGCCACAGUUUUCUACGAAUUUCACAUUCGGGAAAACACUGGCAAUCGUGAGGAAAAUGGCGAGUCCAAAGAUUCAUCAACGUCCAGUAAAAGUAAAUCCCGUGCGGAACCCGAAGUAAUCAUCACAGGGCACCACACUUCCUCCGUGACUUUGGAUGGCUGUGUGUACAAGACGGAUGCCACUUAUGUGGUGGACGACAAAGGCUACCAUGUCCAGCACAACUACAGCAUUGGGGACCUGGAGUCUGACACACGUCUAAGUCCAAAAGCACUCAAAACAACUGCCGGUUGAUGUCGGCUUCAAAAGUAUUAGCAUUACAACUAAUUAUUUAUUAUAAAUUGCACAACAGACACAGUCUGGAACUAGAACAAGUUGUCACAUAACACCUGGCUGACAAAUAAACUGUUCAAAGAAUGUCGUAAUUGAUACAAUGAAAUCUUGAGCACCCUU